UUCUUACUCAUGUCUUUACACUCUAAAAGCUUUAGUGUAAUUCCACAUAAAUGCACACAUAAUAAAGUAGAACGAUGUAAAAAACAAGGCGAUGUGAUGGCACUUUAUUGAAAAAAAUCAUUGCAUGCACAACAUUGAACGUACUUAUAUCGAUUACAAUUUUUAUAUAAUUUACCAUACUUGACGAAUAUUAAUUGACUGAGCUGGAGCUGUUGACACAAUGACCAUAUAUGCCACAUACUUACCAAUAUGAUUGGAUGAAAAAAGAAAAAGAAGAGAAAAAAAAAUAUUGUCAAAGCAGAACGAGCUUGAGAUUGUAAUCAUAACAUAAAAUUUAUUGUUGUUAAAAAGGGUUAAUUGAUUACUUUUCGAUACAGUGAUUUAUUAUAUUGAAUCAGAUUUUUAUCUGAUCGCAGUUCGCAUUAAUUUGGUUUUUGUUCAAUUAUUUUUUUAACAACUCGAAAAUUGUAAUUUCUUGCAAAAAUGGAAAAUAGUGAAAAUGAAAUGGAAGACUUAAUGAAAAGGAUGGAAUCACAUGGUGGAACAGUACAAGGUGGAAUGCUUGUUAAAGGUACAUUAUAUGCAAAAGGAGAUGAAAUUAUCAGAACAUCAUUUGACGACAUUACAAGUUCAAGUAUGGCAAAAUAUUUGGAUUUUUUAAAAGAUGCAUGCGAAAAUUUUGUACGUGAAAGAAAGUCAUCAGAUAAGCUAGACUUCAUUCGAAUUGAUUAUAAGAAACGUCAAGUCAGAGACUCUCGAUAUCAAAUUAUGAUGGCUGUUGAAGAUGAUUUUAAAGCGGUUAUCCUGCAAGAAUAUAAAGUUCGCGAUCUUCGUAAAAGAUCAUCUCGUGAAGAGAAAGAAACAGAUGAAGCAGCAUAUAAAUACACACAGAAGAAUUACUUCUUUCCAUCACUCGACAAAUGAUCAUAAAAUUGACUACAAUCACACUUAUGUGUAUAUGGAUGCGCAGAGGUGCAAAAAUAAUUUAUUAUCAUUUUCAUUUCAUUUCAUGUUCAAUUUGUAAAAUAAUAAUAUAAAAAAAUGAGAUGUGAGAUGAAGAAAGAAUUCAAAAUUGGCAACGUGUAACUCAACAAAGAAACAAAAUAAAAUGAAAUUGCAUUCAUUGAGCAUAAUUUUCAUUUAUUUUACUGCAAUAAUAUGUUCAUGCAAGAAAAAGAGAUGGCUUCUGUAACUGGUCAGGGUUGUCAUGUGGUUAAAUGAUGCAUUUGUAAAUUCUUAAACUGUCAACUGAACUAAGAUUCAUAAUAUUUUCUUAUCUAGUCAAUAUAACAUUUGACCACAUGUUCUCGAUAUAGUACCAGAUUCAACCCUGUUUUAGUUUUACAGCUAAUGACAAA